AUGUCUCUGGAGGACUCAUUUCUCACAGACCCCGAGGACACCAGGGGUCCAGUGUUUCUGAAUGUGUCCAGAGUGUCUGUGGACUCCACGGAGCAGCACCAGUACAACAUCUGGCUCCCCGGCAUCGUGAUCGCCGCCGUCUAUGGGAUCAUCAUCAUCGUGGGUCUGGUCGGAAACGUCACUUUAAUGAAGACGUGUUUGUUGGUGAAGUCAAUGCGGACGGUGCCCAACUUGUUCCUGUCCAGUCUGGCUCUGGGGGACCUGCUGCUGCUGGUGACCUGCGCCCCGGUGGACGCCAGCCGCUACCUGGUGGACGAGUGGCUCUUUGGCCGCGUUGGGUGCAAAUUGAUCCCGUUCAUCCAGCUCACCUCGGUGGGAGUCUCCGUGUUCACCCUCACUGCUCUCUCCGCUGAUCGGUACAAAGCCAUCGUCAAGCCGCUGGACAUCCACAGGUCCAGCAUCUGUUUACGAGUGGGGGUGAUUUGGCUGCUCUCUAUGACUCUGGCGAUUCCUGAAGCUGUCUUCUCUGACCUGCACGCCUUCACCACCAGCCACACCAAUGAGACGUUCAUGACCUGUGCGCCCUACCCUCACGCCAGGAAGCUGCACCCACAGAUCCACUCCACCGCCUCCUUCCUCAUCUUCUACAUCGUCCCACUCUUCAUCAUAUCUGUCUACUACUGCUUCAUCGCUCGCAGCCUGCUCAGAAGCUCUGUGGAUAUCCCGGCUGAAGGACACCUUCACCUCCAGAAACAGAUCAAGUCCAGGAAGCGAUUGGCCAAAACGGUGCUGGUGUUUGUUGGCUUGUUUGCCAUCUGCUGGCUGCCCAGUCACGUGAUCUACCUGUACCGCUCCUUCAACUACGACCAGGUGGACACGUCGCUGGGCCACUUCAUUGCUAGUGUGUGUGCUCGCAUCUUGGCUUUCACCAACUCCUGUGUGAACCCGUUUGCUCUUUACCUGAUGAGCAAAAGCUUCAGCAAACACUUCAACAAGCAACUAUGCUGCACGUCUCCCAGACGGUUGAACCACCAGAGUAGUGCAAGUACAAACAUAACCACCGUAUGAAAACAUCCUGGUUUUCAUAAACUUACAAGAUCUGCAUUUUAGCCGACCUGGGGUCACAUUGUUGGUUGCCACCCGCCAAUAGACCGAAAAAAGAAGAACUAAAUAUUUUAAUAAAUUAUCAAAAAAUUCCGAAAUUGAUAACAAAUUUUAGUUAAAGGAAGAAAGGCAGACAUGUCCUUAAUGAGCCGGGCAUUUUGAAGGUUGAAUGGUUAAAACCAGUUGAAGUAUGCAGGAGUUGUUGGCCCAAAAAUAGCAGAAAACACUUAAAUUACUGCCUUUUAACAUUCACACCAAUAAAUUCAAGCACAGAAAUAUACUAUAUACAUAUAAAUGAUAUCCAUUAUCAAAUAUGUAUAUUGUAAAUUACAUCUGUGUGGAAUUAGUUGCUAGAUGUUUUACACCCUAAUCACAAGUUUCUUUCAGUACAGAGGCAUUUGCGCUUGUUUUUUUAUAUUUUUAUUUCCAAAUAAUAAUUAAACUCUAUCUUCCUUCUGUUGCACUGACAGCUCCCAAAAAGAAAAGCCAAAGCCUCUCCCUCGCCACCUGGUGGCUGGCUGCAGUAUAGACAAUACAUCCCCCCUCCCGUAUGUUAACGAAUGGGAAUGGACCAAACUUAAAAGUCAAACUACAUGUUAAACACAUUUUUCUCAAAGAUGGUUUAAGUCAUUUUAGGCAGUACUCAUUACAGUGAUGUGCGUUCAAGAUUCCAACGCCCGAUUGCUCCUGCUCUAGAUGCUCAAGAUGGAAGACUUCAUAUCCAGGAUAUUUUGUCUUCAUUGCUGGACACUGGGAGGAAGUGGAGACACACCAUCCAUCUUUAUAAACAGUCUAUGGUCAUAAUUGUCCCCAAUCUUUAUGUUAACCUUUUGCCUUUUGACGACCUUCUCUUCUCUCAGAAAAUGUCAACAGCCAAGUUCUUGAAUCAGUCGUGAACUGGAUGUACAACACCUUCAAAGGUCCUUGUGUAUGAGAUGGAAACAUCAGUGAAAGGUAAUAUUGCCUCAAAGGUAAAGAAUUAACCACUGCAUUUAGACACAAGAGGUAGGAAAGCCAUUUACACACAUACACAGUUCAAAUACAUCAGAGCACUGAAUAGGACUCAUUUAGAACUCUUGCUGUUUAGGUUAAGAAACGUCAGGUGAGAUCAGCUCAAAAAAGAUUUUCAGGUCUCUGCAGAUGAGACCUUUUGAGGUUGGCAUUUGAGAAUGGAAAGUUAAUUCUCU